UCCUCUUUGGACUCUUUUCCCCUUCAUGUUUGGUGUUCAGCCACACACCCUUAGCUGGCACUUCCUCCUCAGAGACCUUUGUGCUUUUGAAAGCAGAGAAACCCUCUGUUCCAGGCAAAGAGGAACAUGUCAGCUUCUGCAAAGUGCUGGCUGCUUGGAGUUGUGAUCUGUGGCCUGUCCAUUGCUGAAACCGCAGCUGAGGGUCAAAGAAAUGACCAGCCUGAAGUGGUUACCAAAUAUGGGAGCCAACAGGGCAAGCUGACCAGCGUGGAGGGCACUGACCGGUCUGUGAAUGUCUUCCUUGGGAUCCCUUUUGCCAAGCCACCCAUCGGAUCCCUUAGAUUCUCCCCACCACAACCAGCGGAACCCUGGAGCCAUAUGAGGGAUGCAACAUCGUACCCUCCAAUGUGCCUGCAAGAUUUGGAAUGGGUGGCUGUGAUGAAGAAGACGAUGAAGGCAAAGUGUCCCAAACUAACAGUGUCUGAAGACUGUCUUUACUUGAAUGUUUUCACCCCAGAAAUGAAGGCCAGAUUGCCGGUAAUGGUCUGGAUCCAUGGAGGAGCCUUGGUGUUCGGUGGUGCUUCUCUAUAUGACGGAUCAGCCUUGUCUGCUUAUGAAAAUGUGGUGGUUGUGGUGAUUCAGUACAGGCUGGGUCUCCCCGGAUUCUUUAGCACUGGCACCAAUGAUGCCCGUGGAAACUGGGGAUUACUGGAUCAAGUAGCAGCUCUCCAGUGGGUUCAGGAAAACAUUGCACUUUUUGGAGGAGAUCCCAGCUCUGUCACCAUAUUUGGAGAAUCUGCAGGAGGAGUUAGUGUUGGUGCUCAGAUCUUAUCACCCUUAUCAAAAGGCUUAUUUCACAGAGCAAUAUCAGAGAGUGGAGUAGCUCAGCUUCCAGGACUCUUCAUUAGCCACCCAGAAGUCAUUGCUCAAAAAGUUGCAAAUGUCUCUGGCUGUGAGGCCAGCAGUUCUGCAGUGGUGCAUUGCUUAAGGAGCAAAGCAGAAGAAGAACUGAGAGUGCUGAAUGCCAACUUGAUUCUGGAAAUUGGGAUUGUUCCUGCUGUUGUUGAUGGAGAGUUCAUUCCAAAGGCUCCGGAGGAACUGCUGGCUUCAAAGGAGCUCAACCCUGUACCAUAUCUAACAGGCGUGAAUAACAAUGAAUAUGGGUGGCUUAUUCCUGAAGUACAGAAUUUCUCAGGCAUAACUGAAGGCAUGGAUAAGGAGACCAUUACUGCAGCAUUCCAGCAGACAGCCUCGCUCUUGAGGCUUCCACCUGAGUCUGUGAAGAUGAUCCUGGAUGAAUAUUUGGGGGACACCAAAGAUCGUGCAAAGCUACGAGAUCGCUUUCUGGACAUGAUGGGAGAUAUCAUUUUUGUCCUUCCUGCUCUUCAAGUAGCUAGAUAUCAUAGAGAUUUUGGAGCUGCAGUCUUCUUUUAUGAAUUUCAGCACCGGCCCACUGCAUUCAAAGACACAAAACCAGAUUUUGUAAAGGCAGAUCAUGGUGAUGAACUCGGAUUUGUAUUUGGAGCACCAUUCUUAAGAAGCGACUCAGUUAUUAUCAGUGAUUCUACUGAGGAUGAGAAGCAGCUCAGCAGGACAAUAAUGAAAUACUGGGGCAACUUUGCCCGAAAUGGAAAUCCAAAUGGCAAAGGUUUGGUGGAAUGGCCUCGCUUCGACCUGAAUGAAGAAUAUUUGGAAUUAAACUUGGAGCAAAGGAAAUCAAAGAAACUGAAGAAGAACCGAGUGGACUUCUGGUUAAAGACCCUGCCUGAAAAAAUGAAGAAAAUGGCUAAAGAAAAGGAAACACAUGGGGAGCUGUAGCUGAGAAAACAAUUUGCUCAUUUUUGUCUUGCAGUCUGGAAGAUGUGAUUGUCAAAGCAUAUUGUCAUGUAUGUAAUUGUCAAAGCGACUGUCAUUGAAUCUCUAUAAAGCAGAAAUGUCAGGUGAUUCACAAUUCAGGAAAUAUUGUCAUUUGAAUGGUGAAGAGUUUGUAGCCCUAGUGUAGCUUACUGAAGCAGCAGCUGCCCAUGAAUACUGCACAUGGCUGCAAUAUUUAGUCAGUUAAGCAAUUAAAAAAUAUUUUGAUUGAUUAAAAAGGGCCCCUGAAUAAUCAGGUGGCAUCUUUUAAAAUUCUUUUCUUACUUUCCAAAGACUACUUACCAAAAUAAUACAGAUAGUUGCUGCUAUUUUACAAGAGGCAUUUCCCACUUUUCUAUCUCACAGAAAAGGAAAUUCAUCUUCUAAGAUAGACACUGUGCCCACUUUGACACGUGCUUAACACUCUGUUGGAUUUUUUUUGAUGAAAAACAUAAAGCAGGAGGAUUUGCUAGGGAUGGAAAAAUUGAUUCUCUCAGUUU